GCCUUGCCCCGGAAUGCACUCCCGCUAGGAGUUCCGAGGUAAGUCGACCCAGAGCGGGGAGGAGACGCCACAGAAGAACCAGCCCCGCGGCGCAAGAGCCCCCGCGGUGAAAUCGGACGCUCCGGGCCAGGAGACCGUAUGACGGCGCCGCGUGUUUUUGACCCAAAAGGUCGGAGGAGGAGGAGGAGAAGCAAUCUUGGCGUGUGCUCCCUGCAGGGCUGCCUUUGCCAAUCCCGCGCGACCUUCGCCGAGUCUCCGGAGGGGCGAGCCGGGGGAGAGGGUCUCCCCCUCUAGGCCGCCAGCGGGAUUGAGCUACUGGGCGGCGAUGGACGGUCUGAACUGACACGCAGCGAGAGCGCGCGGCGGCCUUGGAAACGCGACCCAUUGGGAAAGGAAGGGGGAGCUUAAAGAGAAAUGACAGGGCGAAAACCCCGCAGUCACAGAAUAAUUAGAAUAAAUUAGGAGGGAUUGGAGUUUUGUUUUCUUUUUCCUGCAAAAGGUUGAGUGGGCAUCAGACAUGUAAAAUAGCCUUGCAUACUAUUUUCGACCUCACGUCGGUGGUGAAGAUGGAUUUCCUAGGUGGAGUCAUGCAACAUAAAAGCUUACAGCUGAUCGUAUUCCUGGAGUAUAUUAUUUUUGCCCAGCUUGGAGCAGAUUCAGUGAAGCCACGAGCUUUCCGUUGUGAUGGGCAUUCCUGCAAUCCUGCAGUGGGGAAUCUAGCAACAGGCAGGACACCAACCACACUUACCACUUGUGGACAGAACAGCACAGAACUCUACUGCUUUUAUCCAGAGCACAACCUGCACCAUGUCUCCUGUGGAUUGCCCAAGUGUACCAAAUGCAAUGCCAACCAGCCUAAUAACUCCCACCUCCCUGAUGAAAUGACUGAUGACUUCUUCCUGCAUCCUGAUUCUUGGUGGCAGUCUGCACAAGGGGUGCACAGGGAAGAAAUCAGGCUGGAUCUGGAAACAGAGUUCUAUCUGACCCAUGUCAUUGUAGUCUUCAAGUCACCCCGCCCAGCAGCCAUGGUACUGGAGAGGUCCCAGGACUAUGGGCAGACUUGGAGACCUUACAAAUACUUUUCCGUCAAUUGCACAACUACAUUUGGGCUACCAAAUGAUAACAGUGAAGAGGGAUCUCUGUGUACUUCCAGAUAUUCUGAUGCAGUGCCUUGCACCAGAGGAGAGGUGAUCUUCCGUGCUUUAACUCCUGCUAACAAGAUUGAAGACCCAUACAGUCCUGAAGCACAAGGUGUCUUGAAGCUCACCAAUUUGCGGCUCCUCUUAUUAAAGAGGCAAGAGUGUCCUUGCCAGGGCUCAGGACUGCUGGAGAAACCACACAGAUUUGCCCAUUAUGCCAUCUAUGACCUAAUUGUCCGAGGCAGUUGCUUCUGUAAUGGCCAUGCAGAAGAAUGUCAGUUUGCCAAUGGGCCAGGUGCUGGCAGCAGUGUGGUCCAUGGGAAGUGCAUGUGCAGACAUAACACUGCAGGACACCAUUGUGAGAAGUGUGCACCAUUAUACAAUGACCAGCCAUGGGAGCCAGGCAAUGGAAAAACUGGGGCAGCAAAUGAAUGCAGAAAGUGCCGCUGUCACCAUCAUGCAGAUAGCUGCCAUUUUGAUCAGAACGUCUGGCUGGCCUCUGGAAAGAAGAGUGGAGGUGUCUGUGAUGACUGCAAGCACAACACUGAGGGUUCCCGGUGUCAAAGGUGCAAGCCUGGUUUUUACCGAGACAGAACCAAGCCUAUGUCUUCCCCAGACAUUUGCAAACCUUGCUCUUGCCAACCCAUGGGCUCAGUGAACAAAACGCUGAACCAGGAUCAGAAAUGUCAUCCGAAGACAGGCUUCUGCUACUGCAAGCCAGGUGUUGCAGGAUCCAAAUGCGACAGGUGUCUCUUGGGGUAUUGGGGCUUUGGAGAAAAUGGCUGCCAACCCUGUGCCUGUGCUAGAGACUGUGACAAGCAUACUGGAGAAUGUCUCCACAGUUAUGACAAUCCAGCUUUUCUCAAUAUUCCUAUUGGUGGGAGGAUCCCCCACUUCCUUCAAACCCCAGCCAACGAAAGUGAAAAUGAAUGGCAGUGGAGUGAUCGCAAGCAGGGUUUUUCGGCCUUAAGACACCCAGAAAAAUGUGUGUGCAAAGAGAAGAUCCUAGGAAGUGUCAGCAAUUUUUGUAAGAUGAAAUACGCCUAUGUUUUAAGAGCAAAAGUUCUGUCUGCUCAUGACAAAGGAACCCACGCUGAAGUAAUUGUGAAGAUAAAGAAGGUUCUGAAAUCAGGCAAAGUAAAAAUCACCAGGAAUAAUCGAAGUAUAUAUCCGGAUUCUUGGACCAACCGGGGGUGUACAUGUCCUAUUCUAAAUCCUGGUAUAGACUACUUAAUAGCAGGACAGGAAGACGCACAGACGAACAAACUCCUUGUGAACAUGAACAGUCUGGUGAAGCCCUGGAAAGCUCACUGGGGGAAACUUAUAGCAGACAUACUUCGAACUGGAUGCAAAUAAUGUAUUUUUUCCAACUCAAGUUACGAACUUUUACAUAUUAGUAAUAUGGCAGUGAAAAGCCUAGUUAGUUCUCUAAUGAUUAAUCAGAACAUUUAUAAUUAAGGAGAAUUUAAAAGCAAAUUCUCUUUCCUCCAUUCCAUUUUAGGCAGGAAACUUGUUCCAUGACUUCUUUCUUCCAAGGCAACAAUCCUUUCUCUUUCACACACAGGCACACACACUUGUAAAAAAAAACCCUUACUGCUUAAUUAACCUCAUGUACUUAGGUCACAGCCUGGCAUACAGCUUGCUUUAUGAUUACAGUAUCCAGAGCUUUCAAACCCACCAAUACAUAAACUUGUAACUGAGUCCAGGAUUACGUUGUGCUGUUGAUGAGCUGUCACUACUAACAGAAAAAUAGAACUGCCCUAUUUAUUUUUCUGGAGUUGUUUUUUUUUUUUUAGUAACUAUGAAGUAGGAGCAACAAAUUUGGUAAGUUACAGGGCUACAAAAUGCUCAUUGGUUGGCCUGUCACAUAUGUUUUGCUUAUACAGUAUUUGACAAGCCUUUUUAAAAAGCUGUUAUUUUAAGUUAACCUGAAAAUAACUAAAAGAGCUGUUGGGUUCUACAACGUCUGUGUUCUAUUGGAAUUUGCACUGGAAUUGAACAGAUAUUGUAGAUGUCUUGUAAAGCGUCUUUGUAUCUACUUCAUCAGAGAAGUGAACAGUCAAAGCUGUUGGAAAUGUGGAAAGCAGCCUGAAAGAUUCCCAGAACUUGGAGCUCCAGGGUUCUGGGAAGUGGAGCAUAGCAGGUCCCUGUUCCUGCUGGUGGACGUCCCCAUAAACUCCCUGACACUAUUCUUGGGAAAAGGAGAUGGCUAGCAAUCUACAGGUUAGAAAGAAAAAUAGCUUACUAUCCAAAACUUGAUUAACACCAGGAUCCAAAGAUUUCCUUUCUGUAGUGCUGUUCUUACAACAAUACAAGAGGCCAGCAAUAGUUCUGUUUCUCCAGCUGACCCCACCUGCUCUCCCAACAGCCUUCUCCCACUUUGUUGGGCAUUUAGUAUUUGUUGCAUCAGACUAAUUUCAGAAGGACCACUGCUAUGAAGGACUUUAGGACCCUGCAAAGUUCUCUUAGGAGGAAGAAUGCAGCAAGAGCUCAGUUUUGUACAUAAGCAGCAGAAGUAUUGGAAUUUGCUUUGGGGUUAGUAGAUCUGCCAAAGCACUCUGGAGGAGGCUACAGGAUUGCAUAUAGGACAAACUGAGUUAGAGAUUUAAACACUGGCUGCCUCUUGAACCAGCCACAUGAUCCUUUUUUAUUUUCUGAGUUAAUUAAUAUUUGUCAAUUUCUGUUCUGCUCAUUUCACCUAAAAUGCCCCAUAUUACCAAUUUCUAGUUUCAGUCACUUGCCUGCCUCCGCACUCCGUGGGUAUUCAAGACUUCUCAGAGAAUGGACAGCUUCUAUUCAUGGUGUUUAUUAUUUACUACUAGCCAAGAUUCUUCUAACAGAGAAGCACUCCAAGGCAGAUACAGAUAAACAAGGAUACAACACCAACAUUGCUGCCCUUUGCUCAAGCAGAGACCAGUCAGAAAAGUACACGGUCAGUGCUACAGAAAAGUUAAAGUGAAUCCAUAGCUCCCUGGCAAAAAUUUGGGCUUAAUUAAUGUUACAUAAUAUGCAAAACAUAGAUGUGGUUAAAAUAUUCCAUAUUCAAUCAUGCUUGCAGUUGUAGUUUGGCAACAUCUGGAACAUCAAUUUCUCCAGCUCUACAUCUACAGAAUCAUGCCUAAAAGCUGCAUUUAAGUAUCACAUCCUCAAAGUGGCACAAAAAAGGGAAGAAAAUUAGUAGUUCUGACCAUUCCUCAAGACGUUAGAUACUGAUGCUGCAUAAAGAAGUGUUCUGUCCUAAGACAGCUGUUAAACCUAGACAUCUCCAUACAGCUUCUACUGGAGGAGUAUGAUUGAUGUGCAUUGUUUAUACCACUUUUUGUUCUAGACUAUGGAAUUUCUUUUGAAAGGCACUAAGUGUUUGCACUAAAAUUAAUAUCUCCUAAAAUAUGGGCAAUAGGUUAAGGGAAGAAAAAGUUUAAUUUUGAAUAUAUAGUUAAUGACUUGUACUUAAGCUUUGGCCAAGGCAUUAUAAAUCUUACUGCUCUUUUAUUGUAGGAUCUGAUAUGCAUGUCAGUUAAUUUAUGGACACAGCCUUUUUUUUUUUUUUAGCUCAUCACAGUUUCAAUUAAAGUGCUAAAGUCAUUUUGGA